AUGUUGUUAUUUUUCUACUUGCUUACUCUUGCGGCGACGGCGCCGACACUUAACACGCUUUUCAAAAUCUCCUCCAGAACACAUCCACCCAGCUUGGUUUCGUCUCUUUUACUUAGUAAGUAUAGAGAGGUAGGGACUCAGUCGGGCCAGUCUCUCUCUAAAGCUCAGGCAUUGGCAUACAGUGAUGUUUGUGCUGAAAAGACAUGUUUCAGGUAUGUCUUGGAGUCGGCUCGGGUUGUCGAGCUGACACACCCAGCUUCAGAGUGUAGGCUUAACAGAGACGAUUACUACCAGACGGUGGUUACGCCGUUGUCACAGAUUGAUGCUUCACUAAAUGGAGGUAAGACUGAGGUUGAAGAGGAGCUCAGUGAGAAGUUGAAGCUGUAUCUCUCGACUGUAAGGUCAGAAAUUGUGUUUUCAGACUUCACUGACCUUGAUUAUGACCUUCAGUGCUACGGCGACCACUACGAGUUGACUCAGGUAGUGCUAGAGCAAACGAGUGUCAUCGCCAGCCUAAAGCUACAUGUGAACGUACCUUCAGAAUGUUCGUUUUCUCAUUUUGAUUCCCGUCUAGGGGACGAUUAUACAUCGCUGGUUGACAUUGAAUUGCCUGCCGUUCCCCACACUGUUCCAUGA